AUGGGUAACGACGCAGAACGCUCCGAAGUCGUCGCAGCCGCCACCGUCGCCGAACCGGCUAUCACCAAUGGCAGUGUCGUGGUCGAACAAGACACGUCCGCCACGCCACCAGAUGGUGGAUACGGCUGGGUAUGCGUAGGGUGCGUCUUCAUGCUGAACGCUUGCACGUGGGGAAUAGCAGCCACCUACGGCGUAUUCCUUUCCCAUUACCUCAGCACCGACGCCCACCCGGGCGCCACCGCCCUCGACUACGCCUUCAUCGGCGGCCUCCAAUUCGGCUGCGCCCUCGCCCUGGCCUCGCCCAUAACAAUCAUCACCCGCGUGCUCGACAGCAUCCACAUCCCCAUGCUGGCAGGGGUCCUGAUCCAAACAGCCGGCUACCUCCUCGCGUCCUUUGCCGACAGGACCCAGAUCUGGCAGCUCUACCUCACCCAGGGCGUCCUCGUCGGCGCGGGCAUCGGCCUCGCCUACCUCCCCUCGGCCGCCGUCACCUCGCAGUGGUUCGCGCGGCGCCGGUCGCUCGCCAACGGCAUCGUGUCGGCCGGGUCCGGCGUCGGCGGCAUCGCCUUCUCCCUGGCCUCGUCCCGCGUCAUGUCGAUGACGACCACCGGCGGCGACGGCGUCGCCUGGGCCCUGCGCACCCUCGCCAUCGCCUCCGCCGCCGUCAACCUCGCCGCCGUCGCCCUCGUCCGCGGCCGCGACCGCCAGCUCCGCCCCACCGCCCGCGGCUUCGACGCCGCCCUCCUCGCCCGCCCCGACGUCGCCCUCCUGCUCGCCUGGGCCUUUUGCUCCAUGCUCGGCUACAUGACGCUGCUGUACAGCCUGUCGGCGUACGUGCGCGACGCCGCCCCUAGUAGUGCCGCCCGCGCAGACGCCGUCACCGCCUGGCUGAACCUGGGCACCGCCGUCGGGCGCCCCGCCCUCGGCUGGGCGAGCGACCGCUGGGGCAGGCUCGAGGUCGCGGGCGCGGCCACCGCCGCCUGCGCCGUCUUGGUGUUUGCCGUCUGGCUGCCCGUGUCCGAGGCCGAGGGCGGGGACGGGGCGAAGUACGGCGUCGUCGUGGGGUUUGCCGUCGUGAGCGGCGCCGUCUUGGGAGUGUUGUGGAUGGUGGGUGCUGCUGCUGUUUUUUUUUUUUUUUGGUCCUUCUUCUUUUUCUUCUUGUCUUCCUUGUUCCUCUUCGUCUUUUUGUUGCUCUGA